GCUGGGAAAACAACUCUGAAGUUGGCGAGCGGCCCCGCCCCUGCUGCCGUGCCGCCGCCGCCUCCCCACCCCCAGCCCUGGCAUCCCAAGCACUGGUCGAGGAGCCGAGGCCAUGGAACCUCCUCGAGGAGACGGCACUUCGGGACCUGGACGUUCUGAGCGGCGACGCCUUCCCACUGGGUAGACGACAGAAGCUCUGGGAAGCUUUCUGCUCCGCCAGACGGCUCAGUAUGCUGCGGGCCACCCUCCUCUUCCUUCUCCUGGGAGGCGCGCUGGCCCAUCCAGACCGGAUCAAUUUCCCAAAUCCUGCCUGUGAGGACCCUCCAGCAGUGCUCUCGGAAGUGCAGGGCACCUUACAAAGGCCCCUGAGCCGAGACGGCCACAACUCCCCUGCCAACUGCACCUGGCUCAUCCUGGGCAGCAAGGAGCGGAAUGUAAUGGUCAGGUUCCAAAAACUGCACCUGGCCUGUGACUCAGAGCGCCUAAUCCUGCGCUCCCCUCUCCAGCCACAGAUCUCCCUGUGCAAGGCACCUGCCAACCCUCUGCAGCUGCGUGGGGGCAAUGUCACCAUUACCUACAGCUAUGCCGGGGCCAGAGCACCCAUGGGCCAAGGCUUUCUGCUCUCCUACAGCCAAGAUUGCCUGCAGGAAGAGUUCCAGUGCCUGAACCACCGCUGUGUCCCUGCGUCCCAGCACUGCGAUGGUGUUGAUGCCUGUGGCGAUGGCUCUGAUGAGGCAGGUUGCAGUUCAGACCCCUUCCCUGUCCUGACACCAAUCCCGUUCCCUACCCCACCCUGCAAUCACACCUUGGAAGACUUCUAUGGGGUCUUCUCCUCCCCUGGAUACUCAUACCUGGCCUCAGUCUCCCAUCCCCAGUACUGCCUCUGGCUCCUGGACCCCCAUGAUGGCCGGCGCCUGGCUGUGCGCUUCACAGCCUUGGACCUGGGCUAUGAAGAUACGGUGCAUGUGUAUGAUGGCACCGGGCUCCCUGAGACCUCCCGGCGGCUGCGCAGACUCACCCACUUCAACAAUGGCAAGGCUGUCACUGUGGAGACACUGUCUGGCCAGGCCAUUGUGGCCUACCACACAGUUCCUUGGAGCAAUGGUCGGGGCUUCAAUGCCACCUACCAUGUACAGGGCUACUGCUUGCCUUGGGACCGACCCUGCGGCUUAGGCUCUGGCCUGGGGGCUAGCGAGGGCCUAGGUGAGCGCUGCUACAGUGAGGCACAGCGCUGCGACGGCUUAUGGGACUGUGCUGAUGGCACAGACGAGGAGAACUGCCCCAGCUGCCCACCUGGACACUAUCCCUGUGGGGCUGCCGGCACUCCUGGUGCCUCAGCCUGCUACCUGCCUGCCGACCGCUGCAACUACCAGACCUUCUGUGCUGAUGGAGCAGAUGAGAGACGUUGCCGGCACUGCCAGCCUGGCAACUUCCGAUGCCGGGAUGAGAAGUGUGUGUAUGAGACGUGGGUUUGUGACGGGCAGCCAGACUGUGCUGAUGGCAGUGAUGAGUGGGACUGCUCCUAUGCCCUGCCCCGCAAGGUCAUCACAGCCGCAGUCAUUGGCAGCCUUGUGUGUGGCUUGCUGCUCGUCAUUGCUCUGGGCUGCACCUGCAAGCUCUAUGCCAUCCGCACCCAAGAGUACAGCAUCUUUGCCCCACUCUCCCGGAUGGAGGCUGAGAUUGUGCAGCAGCAGGCACCUCCGUCCUAUGGGCAGCUCAUUGCCCAGGGUGCCAUCCCACCUGUAGAGGACUUCCCUACAGAGAACCCAAAUGAUAACUCAGUGCUGGGCAACCUGCGUUCUCUGCUUCAGAUCUUGCGCCAGGAUAUGACUCCAGGAGGUGCCGCAGGUACCCGCCGCCGACAGCGGGGCCGCUCAACGCGCCGCCUGGUACGCCGUCUCCGCCGCUGGGGCCUGCUUCCUCGAACCAACCCCCCAGCCCGGACCUCUGAGACCAGAUCUCAGGUCCCACCUUCUGAUGCUCCCCUUGAAGCCCUAGAUAACAGCACAGGUCCAGCCCGUGAGAUUGGGGCAGUAGGUGGGCAAGAUGGGGAACAGGCACCCCCACUGCCUGUCAAGGCUCCCCUUCCAUCUGCCAGUACAUCUCCAGCUCCCCCUACUGUCCCUGAGGCACCAAGGCCACUGCCCUCAGCAUCCCUAGAGCCAUCACUGUUGUCUGGAGUGGUACAGGCCCUGAGAGGCCGCAUUCUGCCCGGCCUUCGGCCCCCAGGACCAGCUCGACCCCCAGGACCAACCCGGACCCCACCUGAACCCCACACAAUAGUCCUGUCCCCAGAGGAUGAGGAUGAUGUGCUGCUGGUGCCACUGGCUGAGCCAGGGGUCUGGAUAGUUGAAGCAGAGGAUGAGCCACUGCUUGCCUGAGGUGACCCAGCUCCCCAACGGCUCAAGUACAGUGACAGUAACCCUCUAGAGAGCAGCUUAUUUUCUUGCCACUACCUCCCUUUUCUUCCUGACCCACAGUCUGAGGGGACUUAGUGAACCUCCCUUUGGCCCCGUGUCAUUGCCGUAAAGUUAGGUGUCCCUUGGGCAGGGAAAGGGCUCACACAGAGCUCCCUCUGCACGUGGCCAGAGACCAGUCCCUCUACCACCCUCUCCUCACACUACCACUAUUCAGGUGCCUCUUUUUAAAACGUGAAGGGGUUAUAGGCCUGAUCAUCCCAUCCUUGCCAUUCCCUUACUCAGAAGUGACCUUUAGCACCAGAAUGCCAAUUGGCUGGAGACUUCCAGCCCCCAAGGGGAGGAUUUCAGGCAGAGCCUGAGGUUUGCCAACUGUAAUCCUUCCUAUAGGGCCUGGCUUAUAAAAAGAGCACAACAAAUGCUUUUGUCUCAUAGCUAGGUCAUUGUCUAGAAAGUCAAGAUUGAAAAUAAAGGAAUCAGAAAUUUAA